GUGCGUUCGCAACAUUUACAACACAUAGGCUAUCUAGACGAAGCAGCAGCACUGUCUGACCUUUAAGCUGAUAGGCUGGGUCUAGAGGCAAGGAGGCUAGGGAAUCUCUAAAGUCCAUGAAGCUCCGUGACAAAGUUCAACAGCAGGAACAACAAAAAGUUCAACAGUCAGGGCAAGGAACAAUAAAUCAAGUAGGUUCUGAGCUACAAAGGUUGAGGGAAUGUGACAGAGCUGUUGUCAAGUUUUAAUAUUUAACAGGCCCCACGAGACCAACCGCUGUUUCCUGUGGGCGUCGCAUGUGUGUCUGAGGCACCUGCUCUUCCUGGGACUCUAUCAGAACAAGAACAGAAAUCCAAUUGGAUCAGAACAUGUGACUCUGUCCUCUUCUUGACCUGAGGAAGGCUGUACACUGGUACACUGUACUGGCCACAGAAGCAGGCUCUCCACCAAACUCACCCAGUUUCUUGAAAUGAGACCAAAACGAGCCUUUAUAUUAAAGGAGUUGAACCAUGAAAACGAUGGCCAAUCGUAAAUCACUGUGGGUGCUGCUCUUUAUCGUGAUCUUCUGGGUCUCCUUCACAGUUUUCAGAAACCCCAUAAAGCUAUGGACUGUGUUCAAAUUGCCCGUGUCUUUCAAUCGCUGGAACUUGAUCAUGAAAUCCUCAUGCCCUGCAGUGCCUCCAAACCCACCAGUUUCACCAAAAGAGACAGAACUGAGAAUCAGGGAGAUCUUAGAGAAACUGGACAAAAAGAUCCCACCCAGGCCUUUCACCCACCUCAACAACACCACAAGCGCCACACAUAGCACAGCCACCAUCCUCAACCCUCGAGAUACAUACUGUGUAGGGGACCAGCUGGACAUCCUGGUAGAGGCUAGAGACCACCUGAGAAACAGGAAGGGGUAUGGUGGGGACUUCCUGAGGGCCAGGAUGUCCUCCCCAGCCCUGAAGGCAGGCGCUUCUGGAAAGGUGACAGACUUCAACAAUGGCACCUACCUCGUCAGCUUCACUCUGUUCUGGGAGGGCCCGGUCUCCCUGUCUAUCCUGCUCAUGCACCCCAGUGAAGGGGUGUCAGCUCUCUGGAGAGCAAGGAAACAGGGCUACGACAGGAUCGUCUUCUCAGGCCAGUUUGUCAGUGGUGCUUCUCAGGUCCAUACGGAAUGUGCCCUGGCUCUAAAUUCAAGUGCCGAGCUGUGCCAGUAUCUGGAUGCCCAGGACCAAGAAGCUUUCUACUGUGUGAAACCUCCAAAUGCGCCCUGUGCAGCCCUCACCCACAUGCAUUCGAAGAACAAGGAAGUUUCCUAUCUUAGCCAACAAGAAAGGAGCCUCUUUGAAAGGUCAAAUAUAGGAGUGGAGAUCAUGGGAAAAUCCAAUAUGAUUAGUGUCUCCAAAUGCAACAAAGCCGUUCCAGUGAAGGAGAAAUGCAAGCUCGGGAUGGUAUCAUCAAUCCCUAGUGGGCAUGUCUGGAAAAACACGUGGACUCCGGCCUCCUGCAGUCUGGCUCCGAUCAAAAUGAAAGAAUGCCUGAGAGGAAAAUUCAUCCAUCUCAUGGGUGAUUCCACAAUCCGCCAGUGGAUGGAGUACUUCAAAAGCAAAAUCAACACGCUGAGGUCCGUGGACUUGCACGAGAGUGGGAAACUGCAACACCAACUUGCUGUGGACUUGGAUGAGAAAAUCAGCAUCCAGUGGCAAAAACAUGGUUACCCUCUUAUCGGGUCAUUGGUCUACUCAGUCAAAGAAAUAGAGAACAUUGCUCGGAUAAUUGACAGAACUGGAGGAGAGAAAAACACAGUCCUCGUCAUUUCUCUGGGCCAGCAUUUCAGACCUUUUCCCAUUGACGUUUUUAUCCGAAGAGCCCUCAAUGUUCACAAAGCUCUUCAACGUCUUCUCCUGAGAAGCCCAGAUACUCUGGUGGUCCUCAAAACAGAAAACAUCAGGGAGUUGAACAGCGAUGUGGAGAGGUUUAGUGAUUUCCAUGGUUACACCCAGUAUCUUGCCUUAAAGGAUAUUUUCCAGGAUCUCAAUGUGGGUGUCAUUGAUGCCUGGGAUAUGACAAUUGCAUAUGGCAUAAACAAUGUCCAUCCACCAGAGGAUGUAGUUAGAAGUCAAAUUAAUAUAUUCUUAAACUAUAUUUGCUAGCAAACACAUAACUUUGAAAGUCACUCCUUGAACUUAAAAGAUACAGUGAAUCCUGCAGCUGUUCCAAGUGCCAGGAUGUCCCAGUUAAUCCAAGGACAUAAUCUGUAUUGUGGUCCAUAUGGUCCACCUAGUUCAUCCUAACAAGGCAUUCAUACACUGCCCUUCUGCUCAAAGUUGAAGAUUCACGUGGCUCUUUGUCAAUUUGAAGUUAGGAUUCCUGUGCAUAAGACCUUCUCUUUCUUGCCAUGAGUUCAGAACAAUGAAGUAGUUUUGAUAAAAUUCUUAAAAGGUAUUUGAUUCAACUUGUAAAUAUUUUGUUGAUAAUUUUUACAUCCAUGUUUACCAGGAAAAUUGAUCUGUACCUUUCUUGGUCAUGUCUCAGAGUCUGACAUCAGGCCAAUACAGACUUCAAAACAAUGACUUGGGUAGUGUUCUUCCUGGUUGUAGUUUGUGGAAGGUAUUGAGAAAUGUUUUGAUUAGAUUUUCUUUACAAAUUUCGUGGUAUUCAGCACUUAAUCUGCCCAAGACUGGGCUCUAUUUGGAGAGAAACUUUUUAAUAACUACUUCAAUCUCAUUUCUUAUUACAGAUCUAUUUAAAUUGUUUCUAUUUUCUAGAUUUAACUUUGAUAGGCCAAAAGCAUUUGGAAAUGUAUCUUUCUUCUAGGUUUUCCAGCUUUUUUGGAUAUAAGAUUUUGGAUAAACAAAACUGAAAUAUGCCCCCCAAACACCAUCAUGAAACCUGAUAUUUUGUACACUAAUUUUAGAACAAAUAAAAUAAAAUUUUUAAAUGAAAAACAUAUUAAAACAAGAAUUAAUAAUGCAAAAUAUUUUAGUGACUUUACUUUUAUAUAAAUUUAAAUACAAAAUUAUAGU